AUAAGUAGUCAAUAUGUAUUAGUGUUGUGAUAUUUGAUAACAAAUUACUAAGAAGAGUUAUUUAACUAAUUCCUAAUAAUUUGUGAAUGAUAGUGGAUACUUAUAAGUUGAUAAUCUUAUUAAUAAAAUUGUAUUAUAGUUUCUUGUAAAAAACACGGUUUUAAAUAUAAACUAUUUCCUUUUAUAAAAAAUAAAAAUUCUAAUCACUGAUGAGUAAGGAAUAAAAUCAUAUGAAAUAUAAUUAUCACCAUGUAGUGUUCCUAUCACGCCUCUUUGUUUAUUUGGAUUUUGUAUUUCCUUAAUGAUAAAAGAGCGUUUUAAAAAUGAGCAAUUCAACUAAAGUUGACGACACUAUAAGUGUAAUUACAUCCGACACAGCUAAUUUAGUAACAAAUGAAGAAGAAGCUAGUACAUCGCAUUACAUACAACUCAAUAAAUCAAGCGAUAUACAGGACUCAGGAGAUGGAAGUCAUGGAAUCCGACGUAGACAGCCAGUACAAAAAAUUGAGCCAGGCUCAAUGAAUAUUUUAUCAGCCAAGUAUGAGAGUCUAGAUUAUGAUACAUGCGAAAAUCAUUUAUUACUUGAUGAAGAGCGGAAAAGAGGCUACCCAUUUGUUGUAUGGAAAGACAUAGCAAGAUGGUUUAUUGUAUUGUUGAUUGGAGUCAUAACAGCACUGAUAGCAUUCACCAUAGACAUAUGUAUAGAAGAAUUCUCAAAGAUAAAAUAUAAACAAUUAAAGAAAUCUGUUGACACAUACGUACUGUUGGAUGAACUGUAUAUACCUUACUUGUUGUGGGUGUUGACCAAUAUUUGUAUAGUGUUCAUUGGAUCCAUGCUGGUCUCGUAUGUGGAGCCAGUAGCUGCUGGCAGCGGUAUUCCUCAAGUGAAAUGCUAUUUAAACGGCGUGAAAGUCCCACGCGUGGUGCGGAUAAAGACUUUGUUCGUUAAAGCAGUGGGAGUUAUUACGGCAGUAGUUGGGGGAUUGGCUGGAGGAAAGGAGGGUCCCAUGAUUCAUAGCGGUGCUGUGGUUGCUGCGGGCAUCUCUCAAGGGAAAAGCACCACUUUCAACAAAGACUUCAAGGUGUUCCAAUACUUCCGCGAGGAUCAUGAGAAACGGGAUUUCGUAUCAGGCGGCGCAGCGGCCGGAGUUUCAGCGGCCUUUGGGGCACCUAUAGGAGGAGUGUUGUUCUCUUUGGAGGAAGGGACAAGUUUCUGGAACCAGGGUCUGACAUGGCGAACCUUCUUUGGGACAGUCGUCUCAACGUUUACACUCAACUUUGCGCUAUCCGCGUAUCACGGUCACCCAGGGGAAUUGAGUUAUCCAGGUCUUCUCAAUCUUGGUAAAAUGGAGCCUUUUCCGUUUCAAUUCUAUGAGCUUCCGGUGUUCAUGAUGUUUGGAGUCGUGGGCGGUGUGCUGGGAGCUCUCUGGAACCAUAUCAAUUACAAGCUGACCGUGUUCAGGAUACGGUACGUGGGCUCGGCGUGGUUGCGAGUGGUGGAGGCAUGUCUGGUGGCAGCAGUUAGUGCCUCUUGCGGCUUUCUCAUGAUGUUUCUCUUGGACGAUUGCCGUCCCCUGGGAGAGGAUCCGACCAAAGUACCGCUGCAGUUAUUCUGCGCUGAUGGCGAGUACAAUACAUUAGCAGCGAUCUGGUUCCAAACGCCCGAAGCGUCAGUGAGAUCGUUCCUGCACGACCCCAUGGGCUCAUAUAAACCAUGGUCGUUGUUGGUGUUCGUGGUGGUGUACUUCCUCCUAUCAACGUGGACCUUCGGCCUGGCGGUGUCCAGUGGCCUGUUCAUACCGAACUUGCUGACUGGAGCGGCCUGGGGGAGACUUCUCGCUAUUAUAAUUCAAUAUAUGCUACCUGGGAACAGCAUCAAUCCCGCGAAGUACGCACUGGUGGGUGCUGCGGCUCAGUUAGGUGGAGUCGUCCGUAUGACCAUAUCACUGACGGUCAUCAUUAUAGAGACCACGGGACAGAUAUCGAACGCGCUGCCCAUCAUCAUCACACUGGUAGUCGCCAAGUGGACAGGGGACUUCUUUAACGAGGGUAUAUACGACAUUCACAUCCAAUUGGCUGGUGUUCCACUGCUGCCCUGGGAGCCCCCGCCUCUCACCCACAAUAUAUACGCGUCCGAGGUCAUGUCACACCCCGUGUUCACACUGAGGACGGUAGAGAACGUCGGGCACAUAGUUGAGAUUCUGAAGGUGGUCAGCUAUAAUGGAUUCCCAGUGGUGGACCCGCCACUCGCUGAUGAUGCGGAAGUGACGACAUACAAGCGUCUGCGUGGUCUGAUCCGGCGCGAUCAGCUGAUCGUUCUUCUCCAUAAUAAGAUAUACAACGAAAACGCUAACACCACCUGGUCCAACUUCAACGUAGACAUGGACAUGUUCAGGAAGGAGUAUCCCAGAUACCCGUCUAUAGAUAAGCUGGAUAUUCAAGAGUGGGAGAAGACCUGUAUGAUAGAUCUCCGUCCGUUCAUGAACCCGUCUCCUUAUACAUUACCACACCGAGCCUCUCUGCCGCGUCUCUUCAGACUGUUCCGAGCCCUCGGGCUGAGACACCUGCCCAUCGUCAACGACCACAAUGAGGUUGUUGGUAUGGUAACUCGUAAGGACAUUGCUCGGUAUAGAGUAUGGAGACACAGAGGACAUAUGGGCAUGGAGGAGCUUCUACUUUCUAGUGAAAUUUAGAAAAUCAAACACAACUCCACUUAUUUUACCUCAUUUAUAAGACAAAGAUUGUACUAUAAAGAUAAUAAACAAAACAGUCAUUACUUUAUAACAAGUCAUAUAAUAUGCUCAUUCAAAUUACUACUGACGACAUAACAUCAUUAAUCAUGAUAAUAUAUGUUUUUUAAACUUAUAUAAAAUACUCCUACAAGAUUAGUUUAGGUGUCGGAGUUUUUACUUAUUACUCAACAGCUUUGAUAUUGUCAAUAUUCAUCUGUGAAUGUGUUAUAAUAAUUUUUACUCUAAGAUUAUGUGGAAAGGUUUAAAAUAUACUGAUGCAUGGAAUUUAUGCCAUUGUUAGAAUCAUAUGUUCAUUUUCCGUUAAAUACAUCACAUAGCUUAGUAACUGGUCUCAUUUAUAACCAAUGAAUUUAAAUAGUAGGUUUACCAAUAAAAUCUUUGUUAAUUCAAGAUUCUGUUGCAAAAAUUAAAAAUAUACAAUGAUAGUUAAAAUAAAUUUGUAUAAUGAAGUAAAACAUUUGCCACUCGUUUUGACCAUUGAAAAUAUUAUGUGCACUACAAAAAUUACAAACAGAAUAGAGAAGGAAAUUAUAAAAAUUUGAAACUACAACUUAAGUUUUUAUGAUAUUUAUAAUGUGAUAAUUAUGUUAAUGAUGCCCUUUAUAUUGGUCUUAGUAUAAAUCAUGAGAGGCAAAUCCAAAACUCCUAGGUAUUAUGUUUAAAAUUUUUAUGUUAUGUUAGAAAAAUGGCUAUGAGACACCUGAUAAGGUUUAAUAUAAUCAUGUCUUAAAUAUAAAUGUUUCUUAUUAUGACUAAAAGAUUUUAUUAUGUUAUCAAUAAAUACAGUUUUAUAUA